AUGGAGGCCAAGGCCGCGUCCAAGAAGCGAGUGGCCUUCCUCUUCACCGGCCAGGGCUCCCAGCGCGUCGGGAUGGGCAAAGAGCUCUACUCCUCCGAGGACUCGGAGUCCUUCCGCUCUGCACUAGAUGUGUGUGCAGAGCUGUUGGAUCCGCUGCUUGAGAAGCCACUUCUCGACGUGCUAUUCAAGGCGGAGAACCGCGACCUGCUCAACCUGACCAAGUACUCGCAGCCAGCCAUCUUUGCGGUAGAGUAUGCCCUCGCGGAGAUGUGGAAAGCUCUCGGAAUCGAACCCUGUGCCGUGCUUGGGCACAGCGUGGGCGAGUAUGCCGCUGCUGUCGUUGCGGGUGUCCUCGAGCUCGAGGAUGCCGCACGCCUGGUGGCGGAGCGUGGCCGUCUGAUUGCGGAGCUCUGCGAGGGCAACAUUGGCGGCAUGACAGCUUGCCACUUGCCUCGUGAAAGAGUCUUGGAGAGGUGGUGGGCCCAAGCUUUGCUCCUGAAGCAGAUUCUCAGAUGCAGCUUUGAGACCUUGAGAUGCUUCAGUGAUGUGCUCAAAGUCCUUUCUGGGCUAUCGGAGAGCGAUCGCAAGCAGGUGUCAGUUGCUGCAGUCAAUGGGCCGAAGAUGACGGUGGUCUCAGGACACAAGGACUUGGUAAAGCAAGUGGUUCAGAGCACGGGCGCUGGAAACAAGGAGCUCAACGUCUCUCAUGCGUUCCACUCCCCGCUGAUGGAGCCUAUGCUUGAGAGCUUCCGGACGGAGGUUUCCUCGGCAAAGCUCUCCGCUCCGAAAGUGCGUUUCCUCUCCACGGUGACGGGCAAAGCGGAGAGCGAUCUCUUCAGAGAUCCCGGCUACUGGGUCCGGCAUGUGUCGCAGGCAGUGAGGUUUGCCGACGGCGUGGCAGCUCUGGAGGGGCUCGGGGAGGCCGAAGCUUACCUGGAAGUGGGCCCAGAGCCCACCUUAGUAAAGAUGGGGAAGCGAUGUGCCUCCGGCGCCGCGGCCAGCAAAGAGUGGCCCUGGUUGCAUUCAAUCGAGCCCGAACAGGCUGAGGGCAGCACCGUGGCUUCGGCUCUCUCGCAACUGCAGGGGGCGCUGCCGGCCCUUCAGUACAAGCGACAGCCCUUCCCCUGGCGGGAUGCGGGCCCCCGGCUUCUGCGAAAGCGCAGCGAAGGGCAAAACGAGGUCCUCUUCGACUGCCCGGUCCGCGGUGACAUCUUCCAGGUGUCUGCCGAGCAUGUGGUCUACAAUGAGAUCGUCAUCCCGGGUGUGGUCUUUGUGGAGAUGGCCAUGGAGGCUGCCAGGGCACACCUUGGGCCGGAGGCCCAGCUGCGCGACAUACAGAUGGUCUGGCCCUUCGUGGUGCCCAAAGAUGGAGACACGGACAGCAAGCAAAUGAUGAUGCGCUUGGCCAUCAUAGGUAACAAGCGUUUUGAACUCCGAAGCCAGGGACCAGGUGAUGAUACUUGGACGGUUCACUGCGAAGGUCGGGUCGAAGCCACGGGAGGAGGGCCGAAGGCGGCAGCCACCAUUGAUCCUGAGCAGACGCUCUCAGCUUGCGCUGGGAGGUGCCCGGAGCAGGUGGAUCCUGCCAAGCUGUACCCGCUGGUGGACAGCACUGGUCUAUGGCUGGGACCGAAGUUCCAAGUGUGCCAUGACAUGUGUCGCAACCCAGACGAGAUCUCCUGCCGCAUGCAGCUCAAGUCCGACGUGCCAAACCAGGGCUACAUCAUCCACCCGUCUCUCUUCGACGGCACCAUCCAUGCUGUUUGUGCCACGAUGUUCGAUCAGGAUCCGCCCUUCCUGAAGAUCUUUGCUGGUGUUGGUAAGGUCACCGUCGUGGCCAACGAGGCUCCGAAGGACCAAGCCGUGGUGCUACAUCUUCGUAUCGAUGAGAAGACCGACCAACAGCAGAUCUUCACGUGCCAGGUCUUUAGCGAAUCAGGCUCCCUGCUCUGGAAGCUGGAGGAUGUGAUCUUCCGGAAAGUCCUCCCAGAGCAGAUCCAGAAGGCCUUGGCCGCCACGAAGGCCAAGGAUGCCGUGAGCUUCUUCGAGACCAAGUGGAAGCAACUUUCGGAGGAUGCUCUGGACUCGGAGAGCGGCCUCCUUCCAGGCGAAAACUCCGAGGGUCGCUGGCUCUUCUACGCCGAGGCGCCGGUGCUGGAGGUCCUCAAGAAGGAUCUGGGCGAGCAACAUGUUUACAUCUCGUCCAUGUCGGAGAACGGUCUUGACUACGACAACUUGACACGCAUCGUCUACCUUCCCGCAGAGAAAGACAGCCCUCUGGACGUGCUGCACAACGGCCUCCGCCUGAUCCAAAAGGCGCUGCAGGUGGGAGACGCGGCCCCGGAAGUCUGGUUUGUCCUCCGUGGCACCCAGGCUUUGGAGGCGUCCGUGCUGAAGGGCCAGGGGCUGCCUUUGCACGCGGGUUUGUGGGGUUUGGCCCGCUGCUUGCGCCUGGAGUCUCCCGGCUCGAUCGCUGGCUGCGUGGACUUGGGCCCUCUCGAGAAGCCCAAGCCCAAGGACAUCGUGAGCAGGCUCCGCGCCCUCACGACGCGGCGCUCGGGGGAGGCUCCGGAAGUGGAGCCGGAGCUCUUGCUCCACGGGCCAGCGCCCACGUUGUUGGUCUCUCGGCUGGAAGAGACGACGGCCAAGUUCCAGGAGGUGGAUGUGGAUGCCUACAGCCGCUGA